AUGCCCUCGUUCCCGCCAAAGAGCAGCCUCCCGACCCACCAGCUCCAGCCUCUCGCCCAGCACCAGGACCAGUCGGACGACGACGACGACAUGCAGACCGCCAACUCGAGGCGCCAACCGGGCGACAAGGGCGACCGCUUCAGCUCGUCGCACCCGUUCCGCUCCCUCACCCCGCGCCGCAUCGCCGCCAUUGCCGCCGUCCUCAUCGUCUGCAUCUUCUUCUUCGGCAAGAGCAGUGGCGGUGGCCGCGACGGCUACCACUCGGCCGCCGUCGAGACCCUGACGGCCGACGGCGUCGCGCCAAACGAGGCCGCCGUCGAGGUCGACAAGCUCCCGUCGGGCUCGCCCCAGAAGCAGCACAGCGCCUCGUCGCGCAAGUGCACCCCGCCGCCGGGCAAAAAAGCGACGACGUACGCCAUCAUGAUCGACGCCGGCUCGACCGGCUCGCGCCUGCACCUGUACACCUUCUCGCACUGCGACCCGAACCCGGACGCGCUCCCCAAGCUCGAGGACGAGCUGUUCGUCACGACCAAGCCCGGCCUGUCGUCGUACAAGGGCAAGCCCGUCGACGCCGCCGAGUCGCUGCGCAGCCUCCUCCAGCAGGCCGUCGACGCCGUCCCGGAACACGAGCGCUCGUGCACGCCCAUCGCCGUCAAGGCGACGGCCGGCCUGCGCCUCCUCGGCUCCAAGCAGAGCCAGGACAUCCUCGACGAGGUCGAGCGUUGGCUGUCGGACGAGUGGCCAUUCGCCGUCGUCAAGGACGGCGUCGUCGUCAUGGACGGCAAGGACGAGGGCGUGUACGCCUGGAUCACCAUCAACUUUCUCCUCGGCUUCAUCGGGCCCGACCAGCCCGCGUCGGCCGGCACGGCGGCCGUCAUGGACCUCGGCGGCGCGUCGACCCAGAUCGUGUUCGAGCCCAUCUACGACCCGGGCUCGUCGGACAAGCUCGCGCCGGGCGACCACAUCUACGAGCUCGACUUUGCCGGCAAGGACCACGUCCUGUACCAGCACUCGCACCUCGGGUACGGCCUCAUGCAGGCGCGCCGCGCGCUCCACAACCUCGUCGCCUACUCGUACGUGUGGUCGUCGGCGCCAAAGGGCAAGCACGUCGAGUGGGACGACCUGUCGACGCGCGACCGCAUCCCGAACCCGUGCAUGUUCAAGGGCGAGACCAAGAAGGUGACGCUCGACCCGCCCGGCCGCGCCGAGAAGGACGUGACCAUGGUCGGUACGGGCGCCGGCUUCGAGGCGUGCAGGCGCGUCAUGGAGGUCAUGAUCAACAAGGACGCGGCGUGCGAGGAGCCGCCGUGCGCGUUCGCCGGCGUGUACCAGCCGCGCAUGAGCGAGGUCUUCUCCGCCGGCAAGGUCUGGGCCCUGUCCUACUUCUACGACCGCAUCGCGCCCCUCGGCCUCUCGUCGCCCUUCAGCAUCUCGUCCCUGCGCCAGUUGACGGCCGACGUGUGCUCGGGCCGCGACUCGAAGGCGUGGGCGCGCUUCAAGGGCAACGCCGAGGCGCUCGACGAGCUGAGCGACCGCCCCGAGUACUGCCUCGACCUCACGUUCAUGUACUCGCUCCUCAGCCUCGGUUACGAGCUCGAGGAGGAGCGGCAGGUGUGGAUGGGCAAGAAGGUUGGCGACGUCGAGCUUGGCUGGGCUCUCGGCGCCGCACUCGCCAUGGUCGAGGGUCACCUGAGCUGCCGCGCAGACUAG